UAGUUAAACAAAAAUUUAUUUUAAUGACGUUAUUAUUUUAUUUAUUUAUUUAUUUAUUUUUAGUGUUUCAAACAGCAUUUUCACACAGUUUGUAUGAUUGUCUCCUCCGUUUGGUUUUUCUGUUUCUGUUGUUGUAUUAGCUCGGCUGUAUAGUAAAUGAGGUCGCUACCUCAAUAUACGUCUGGGUCUAAAAUUAAUAAAUAAAAUGACUCUGAUGUCUUGUAUUCUUAUGAAGCUAUGAUUGGAUUUACACUUUUACCAGACACAUUAGGGGCAUAUUCGCACAAAGUAUCGAAAAGGUACCGCCGAUAUCAGCCUGAAUUUUACUUAGUAUCAGAUUGGAAAGAAAACCAGUGGUCUCGAACAUCACAAGUGGAAACAGAGGCAGUACAGGUACCCAAAUGAGAAAACGUAUAUAAAAAAACAUAGCAUGUAGCAUACAGCACGGGUUGAGCGUAUGAGAGCUUUAACUCCAAUCUAUGUGUGUUCAAAUUUUUGUGCUUUGUUUGCUGUAUAAAGCAGAAUUGGCUGCUCGGCACCCGCCCCGGCAGCCUGUUAGCAAUCAGCCUCAGGAGAGAAAUCUGGUGUCAAACUGUCCAGCAGCAACAAUCUGAGCUGUCAUCACAGUAUGAGCCUGAAGGUGACCACUGUCGGAGAUAUCAAACAUUUGGAAGCUGAGUGUGUCUGAUAGACUUGCCUGCCAGCUGUGAAUUUAAAAGGAAAAAUAAAUGCAUUAAAAGUUUGUGGAGUGUGGUAAACUGCUUUUUGCUGCAGGUCACAAGCUGACAGACAGAUUUUAAAGUAAUAAAUUACAGAGCUUCAUGGGUGACUUUAAUUAUGACGCUCUGCUGAUUUGUGCCAAUCAUAUGUGGGCAUUUUUUCUUUUCACCUCGAAUAAUAAUAAAAAAAAAUAAUAAAUAAAAAUAGAUAUGUUAUUAAUUAUUACUGUGCUGGCUUUGUUGAAUGUUUGGAAAAGGGAACUUGAAACUUCCCUUCCAGUAUUAUACUUCCUCCAGUGUCACCUAUGCUUCAUUUAUAAAACACUGGAUCAUUCGGCACCUGUUAACCUGAAGUGACUGAGGUAUUUGCUUUUGGUUCAUUGUCUCAAACAACAUGUCGUUUGGUUUUAUUCUCCUUAUCUCUCUGUGUGUGAUCAAAGUAAACUCAUCCACAACGUCCCCAACAGCUUCCACGACAACAACUCUUGUCACUACAAGUGGUACGCUACUGCCGGAGCUGGUGGUCAUGCCAAACUAUCCAGCUGCCAUAGGUCAAAGAGUCACCUUGCGCUGCAGCGAUCCCUUAUCGAGGGAGCCAAUUCUUUGGUCUUGGGAACACCUGCAAAAUGACAUCUGGGAAAAAGUGGGCAGUGGAAGAAAUCUCACUCUCACCGAGCCAAAGCAAAGUGGGCUGUAUCGCUGCUGUGCUGAGCUCAGCUCUUCUCAGAAGGCCAUGAGUCAGAGCCAAGUGGUCUAUAUCAUCCCCACAACAAAAGCAAUAGUUGGGGAGAAUUUAGGAAUAGCUGCCUUCGUCUUGUCUCUUCUGGCCUUGAGCAUCGUGCUUGCUUUGUUUUUCUUGCUGGGUUGGCACAGACUACGCGACACCCUGACCACAUCCAGCCCCGAGGCUAAAGGAUUUCCUGGUCCUGAAGUAGCGUCGAAGGGCGCUUUGCCACACGCAGACAGUGACGCGACAGAUGUGUACAUGAAUUACACAACCACUAACCAAGCCUACACUGACUUGGAUCCCGCCAACAUGACGGAGGAUAACGUUUACUCAAGUCUGUGACGGACUGCGAUGAUCUGAGUGGACGUGGCAAUAAAAGAUGGGAGAAUUAAAAAAAAAAAAAAAAGAGCGCUUUCUUCUGCUGCAGACUAACGCAGAAUAUUAUCUGGGUAGAUGAUUUACUUGAUAGGUGAGAUUAACCACUUCAAAUGUGUGAACGUCGUGAAGAUUUAGUGUGGUAAAUGCUCACAGCCAUGAGGAAAACAUUCUGAUCUCUUUCGCUGGUCAAAAAGUCAACACCUCUCUGCUGUCAUUCUCCUUGACAGUAUAGCAGAUUUAAAAUUUAUUUGAGUCGUCACAAUAAAUAUGAAACAAACAAACAGGACUCUUUUCAACAUAAAUGUUUAUAGUACAAAAAAAGCAAAAGAAAAAAAAGACUACAUUGUCACAAAGUCCACAUCUCGCAAAAAUAUAUUGCAAAUGCAAAGUUGCAACAUUUCCACAUGGGAAUUUAAGCAGCGCUGCUUCAGUUCAGCACAGAGCUAAAAAAUGUUACACAUCAUGUUGAUCUCAUACAUU